AUGGCUCAAUGUCCUCCAUUGGUGGCGCUGAUCUCGUCGAGCAGCGCGCAAUCGGCGGCCAACUCGCGAGGCUUCAAAUCGCUAUCGCACAUUUUUUAUCCAUUCGCCACCCAUGAGCUUACCGUUCGAGAGCCGGUCGCCAAUCAGCCGAUCACCUCGAAAGUCCGUGUAGAUGUUCGCGACAUAUCAAACGAUGGCCAUUUAUUAUCAUUGUCAGUCCUGCCGUACGUCCUGAUACAGGUAAAAACUUUGAACAGCUUCCCGAACUUCUCUUUUGCGUUGAGAAUACUUAUGCAUGCGCUUCGGCAUUGCACAACAGCGGAUGAAGCGAUUUGCAUGUUUCGCGAUGUGCUCAAUCGAUGGGCUGAGCCGUCGGAGCACGAGAGCUUCGGCGCUUAUCUGGCCUGCCUUUUCGUUGUAUCGACAGCAGAUGAGAAUCCGAUGACCGAGUUGAGCCGAAUGAUUCAGACGCAACAAACGCUUCAUAAUUCGACGUCGACGCUCGUCAUUCCGCCGUAUUGUUGCUCUCCGAAAUGGAUGACGUCACACGCGAAAACGCUCAAACAUUAUAUUUUACUCGAUGAUGGAAAUCUGAAAGGAACGCGAAAUUGCGAUGAGAUUUUUGCACAAAUGUGUACCACUUAUGGAAAAGAGAACUGCCAAAUUUUGAAGUUUACUAGUAGUGAUCAAGAAUGCCCACCGGAAAUAUCGAAGAAAUGGUCGAAGAUCAAUGAUCUGAACGACGUUCUGAGUAAAGGAUUGGAUGAGGCGAUGAAGCAGGCGACGUCGUCGUCGUCGACUGCCACCACCCCAAUGACAGGAUCAUCGCUGACGUCUCCCACAUCGUCCGUCUCAACUAUUUCCUCGUCGUUUCCACCGGUGUCGGUUAGUCCGACGCCUCCAUCAGCAAACAUGAAUGGCGGGAAACUUUGGAGGAGCUCGGCGAAGAUAUUCGCGAAGAGCGAUGGCGAUGAAUGCGAGAAGGUCUUGAAGCGAUUCCUUGAAACGUGUUUGGUGCCGCACGUCGAGCGCGAACUUCGCGCUUUGCAUGAUUUGGCCGGAAAUCGGCGCGGAAUCAUUGGCAAAUCAAUAACGAGCGGUGUGAAGAAAUGGUUCAGCACCGGAUCGUCGCAAUCGCUUAGCUCGAUUCCGGCGAGCUAUUCUUGGGAUAGUCCGGAGAUGCAAGCGCGAAGGCUUGCCGAUCUCUCGUUGAUGUUUGGGAAUCACGCGUUCGCCUAUCAACAGUAUCGCGCGCUCAAGAAGGAUUUCGAGUCGGAUCAAGCCAUGAUCGCCCACGCGGUGGCAUCGGAGAUGUGCGCUGUCGCUCUGCAUUCCUCGCAGCCGAAAAUGACGGCCAAACAAUUUCCGGUGCAUUAUCUGGAGAACUCGGUGGGAUUUCUGAUCAAUCAUUCAGCAAAAUACGCGCAUAUUAUGCGGUGCGCCUUUAAUGCUGCCGAUGUUUUGUCGGAUCUCGAAUGCUACAAGGAGGCUGCUCAGAUUCUCACGCGCCUCUCGAAACUUGAUGGCGACCAUCUUGUGGGUGUCGCGCAAGCUCACGCGGCGACAUUGUUCGAUGAAGCUCACAUGCGAAGAAAGGCGUCGUUUUAUCGAGUCCUUGCGGCGAAUCGAUUCUCGAAUGCGAACGUUCCCAUCAUUUCGUUUGACUGCUAUCGACUUGCGAUGCCUAAUAUCGACGAAAAGCAUUGGGGAGUUCUUGAUGAGCAUUUGAGUGUGAAACUGCUCUCGGAAGGCGAAAAGGCGGGAGUUAUGAACACGAAGAUGGCGCUAGAAUGUGUACGACGGCUGAUUGCGGUCUGUCCGAAACUGAGUCCACAGAUUCAGAAGGAAAGACUUCGAAAAAUUGUGCAUGUCUUGGAUUCCUACGCGGAUCAGGAAAACUCGAUUCCGAUCAACUUGCCGAAUGUUGAUCUGAACAGCGUCAAGGUAAUUUAUGGAGAGCGUCCGUUAUGGAAUGAGAUGGAUGAAGACGAGAAUGGUGAUGUUCUUCCAUCGCAUUGGGAAGUUCUCGAACGAGCCGCGCACUAUUCGCUUUAUGGAAAGAGCACGCCGUUUCGAGGAAUGCAGCUGGUGAGUGAUUCGAAUUCGGAUAACUCGCGUGCCAGAGAGACACCAGCUGGCGAAUCAUUUCGCGUCAUGAUCGACCUCGUGAACCCGCUCGCCAUUCCGCUGAAUCUGAAGAAUGUUCGACUAUCGGUAGUUGAUGUUCAAUCGGAUGUCGUCGACGCCUUCAGUGUUGGAUCAUUGGAUAGCCUAAACCUUCUUGAAAACGAAACGAAAACGAUUGGAUUAUAUGUGAUUCCGCACGUUGGAUGCACUAAAUUCCGGGUUGACGGCCUUCUAUUCCGGCUGACUUCUGACGAGCAGAGUGUCGGAGUGGAUGUGAAGAUCCCAUUGAACAUUCAAGGGAAACGAUUGAACAAGACGGCGAAACAGCAAAAAUCGAAAGUCUACGCAUCGGAUGAGCGUCUCAGCGCGAUUGUUUCGCAGAAUCCGUGGCCACUAAUGGAGUUAAAGGUGAAAGCACAUGAUCAAGUGGCUUAUUGCGAUCAAGCUCUUCGAUAUGUGGUGGAAGUUGAGAAUAUUGGAAAGGAAGACGUGGUAGCGAUGUCGUUGGCGACUGAUGGAAUCGAUCGCGUUGCCGCGGGAAUUAUGAAUCGAGACGUUCGGAAUCCGAUUCCACCGAAACCGGCGGCAAAUUCCGCUGAAGUGUGCACUUUUGAUUUCAGUGGCGAGCCGUUUUUGAAGGUCGGAGAAAAGAAGAAAUUCUUCUUCGACGUUCGAGCCGGAGACGAACAAUCUUCAAUGAGAGCUUCGACACCCACAGUAAUCCUUGUCUCAUAUCGCGGCUCGAAUGGAAGUCUGCGUGAAUGGAGGAAGAUUAUCAAUGUUGUGAGGAAGCGGCUGAUUAGUGUCGAACCAACAUUACUUGAUGAGGAUGCUGGACUGUUCUCGUUGAAGACGCGGAAUUGCGUCGGAGCAAGUCAAGCAGCUCUUUCAAAGAUCAACAUCAUUCGAUUGAGAUGCGCCGAAUUCGGGAAGACGCUUGAAGACGGUCUCGAAAUGGCGUCGGCAAUGAGAAAAGUGGAAAUCGAGAGCGAGCAGACUGACACGAUAGUGGUGCGUCGAACACGCGGCGGCGAGAUGGUGUGGCUCAAUCCGGCUGAGAAGCAAUCGGCGCCGGAUUGGCCGUGUCCGGCGACGCCGGAAUCCGCUUUGGAAGACGGGAUUAUUGCAAAGAAGCUUGGGAUCAUGUGGAGAGCGAGCAUUGUGAAUAAUGAUGGGCACGUCUCGUCGAUAUUCGGUGAGACGUUCUGCGAUGAUCCAUUCGAGAAGAAUCGAAUCGAGAACGCCGGUCCGAAUCACACGGCGAUGCUGAGAAUAUCGUGUGACGCGGCACGCACCACAUCUCAUGAUUUCAACUCGAAUCGAAUUUGUGAGCUGCCGGUGAAAAUCAAGAUUCGGAACACCGAGCCAACGCCGGCGAACAUCAGCAUUCGCUAUGUGCCGAAAAUUCGUGAAGCGGUGGAUGGUGUGCAUUUGGUGCCGCCGGAAGCGCGCCAACAAAUUUGGGUGGAUCGGCCGGUUCGACGGGCGCGUAUCGACGGUGAGCAGCAGGCGGAGGUCGAGAUGAAGGUUCGAGUCUCGCAAGCAUCCAUGUAUGAUAUUGGGGCGAGUUUGGUGAUCGACGCCAAGUUUGAAGGGAGCGACGAAGUUCUAGCCUUCAAGGUGCCGAGUAUUCUUUCAAUCGUGCGAGCAGUUCAAUAA